AGUAGAAGGGAGCCGCAGGCCCGUUUUGUUCCUGCCGCGAGCUCAACAGCGUCCAUUCACAGGAGUCUUCGUUUCACUCAUCAGCUCAGACGCAGAGGCGAGGCAGCGAGCAAUCGAUCGACAGAGAGAGAUGGGAGGUGAAGAGAAGAGGCACCAGAUGAUGCAGAAUCUCUUCGGUGAUCAAUCCGAGGAGGAGGAAGAAGAAGUUGAUUCCGAGCACGAAUCCAAUCCUCAGCCCACGCAGUACCUCUCGGAUGAAGCGGAAGGUGGGUUCGAGCCUGAAGGCGAGGGUGAAGAUGAAGUUGAAGGCGAAGGCGAAGUUGAUGUUGACAUUGAAGGACAAGGAGAGGCUGAAGUGGAGACCGAUGUGGACUUUCGUGGGGUUGAGCCUGAUCCUGUGGAGAGCGAAGGUGAACGGGAUCAAAGCUCCCAGGAAGUAGAUAUCGGCGACCCGAGAGAGGAAAGUGAGAGGAGGGAUACAGACAGUGAUGAAAGGGGAGAUUAUGAUCCUAAGGUAGCAACAAGUAUGGGAAGGGGUGUGAUUGAAAGCGGCUCGGAGAGAUCAGAGGAUCAGCGCUACCAUGAUGAUGAAGAUGAAGAAGUUGAUCAGACCAGAAGCCCUAGUAAGUCACCUGACGAGGGAAAGGAUGACAAUCAGCUUGCAAACUCAGCUCCUGAGAUUCGUGAUGUUUUUGGUGAUUCCGAUGAAGAAGACGCUGCAGAAUAUAUUGUCCCAAAUGAUAUUGAGCCGGAAUCAAAUAGAUCUCCAAUGGAAGAGGAUGAGGGCUACGGGAAGGACCUUCCUGAAGAUGUGAUAGCUGAUGAGGAUGCUAUGUAUGAGUCAGAAGAGGAGCGUAUUGAUAUUAAACAAAAAGAGAAGCCCGUGGGUCCUCCAUUGGUGCUAGAAGUUCCAUUGCGCCCACCACCAGCUCGUUCAGAAAAAAUGUAUAUGAUCAAAGUAUCAAAUAUUAUGGGUGUGGAUCCAAAACCAUUUGAUCCGAAGACAUAUGUAGAAGAGGAUACAUUUGUCACAGAUGAAUCCGGAUCUAAAAAACGUAUUCGCUUGGAAAAUAAUAUAGUGAGGUGGAGAAGUGUCAGAAAUCCAAAUGGCACUACAACUCGUGAAAGCAAUGCACGUUUUGUGAGAUGGUCAGAUGGCAGCUUACAGUUGUUAAUCGGGAAUGAAGUUCUUGAUAUAUCAGUGCAAGAUGCUCAGCAUGACCAGGCACACCUCUUUCUUAGGCAUGGAAAGGGUAUCCUUCAAUCCCAAGGAAGAAUUCUAAGGAAGAUGAGGUUUAUGCCAUCAUCAUUGACGUCAAACUCACAUCGUUUGUUGACAGCUCUUGUUGAUUCACGUCACAAAAAGGUUUAUAAGGUCAAAAACUGCAUUACAGACAUUGACCCGGAGAAGGAGAAGGAAGAGAGAGAAAAGGCUGCUAAUCAGACAAUUAGAGCAAAUGUGCUUCUUAAUCGGAAGAGGGAAAAGGUAAAUAGAAAGUACACUCCUGCUGUAGAACGGAGGCGCCAGCUUUCGCCCGGCUUCUUGGAGGAUGCUCUUGAAGAGGAAGAGGAAACAGAUUAUUACGAUUCUCGCCGACCUCGACGCCGCUUUGACGAAGAUCUGGAAAUGGAAGCUCGGGCAGAGAAACGCAUCAUGAAUGCUAAGAAGGCGCAAAGGGAAAUUCCUCGCAAGUCUUCUGCACCUCCUGCUAAAUCUUCUAGGCGUCCAGUGGAAUUUUCGGAAAGCGAACGAGAAGAGUCUGAAUACGAGAGUUAUGGCGAGGAAGAGGAGAGGUCUCCCAUACGCAGAAGGGUUGAGGAGCUAGAACAUGAGUAUGAAGAAGAUGAAGAGGAAGAAGCAGAAGAACACGAUGAUGAAGAGGAGGCAGAUGGUCAUGUUGCGUCAGAAGAGGAUGAGGAGCCGAAGCAAAGAGGUAGAGAGUACAGUGGCCACAAGCGCAAGGGGAUCGAGUCGGAUGAGGAAUCGCCCCCAAGAAAGGCUCCGACGGCCCAUCGUCGAAUGGCCAUGAUGUAUGACUCCGACGAGGAGUAGAUCAGUUCAUCAGUAAUGGGCUAAAUGUUUCUUUCCAUGGAAAAAGGAAGGAUUGGCUGCUUAUUGCCAUGCCUCCAUUCUUGGCAUAAAUUAGAAGAAAACAAGAGGGGGGGAAUGGAAUGGAAUGGAAUUUUUUAGAAGGAUGAUGAAUACUUACGAAAGGCCUCUUCAAUAUAUUAUUAUGUAUCUAUGAACAUGGAAGCUUCGAUUUUUAUUUUCAGAAAUGAAAAGUUUCGUGAUUGGUAAGAAAUAGAAGUUGUCAAAA